AUGCGAUCUACUGCCAUUGGCGGCGGCCCAAUGCGCAAGUAUCCCACGAUGAAUGUUGCUGCUCUCCCUGCACCAUCGCUAUCUUCCUACAACCCAUUUUCCCGCUCUGAUGCAUCGCCCUAUGGCGCACCCAGCCAAGGCGCCGGAGGAAUUCGCGGCUGGUUCAGCAAGUUGAAGAACGGCAACAAGAGGUCAGCGGCAGGCGCAUACGAGCAGCCCACGGCCGGCACCGGAGGACGGGCACACCGCGGCUUCGGGGCCCUGGACCCCGACGAGGCAUGGGACACGCGCGUGGGCACCGAGGCUGAUGCCUAUGGUGGCUACUACGAGGAGCAGGAGCUCGGCGACCGACAUGGCGGAAACCCGUACGGCCACGACCCCUACGGCGGCAGCGGAUAUCCCAUGAACCUAGCUGCGACUCCGGGACACGCCCCGGAGCCUUAUGGCGGACAUGAUGAGCCGAGGGGUCGCUCGCGGGAAAGAGACCCGGAACUCGGUGUUCCUGCCUCAGGACCGGCGGGUGGAAGCAGGACGAGGCAGAACCCGUUUGAUGACAACCAAGCGGAGCCUAGCAAUAUCAGUCUCAGAGGCGUGAGCCCGCGGCCAAUGGCCAACGACGAUGGAAAGGCUGAGAAUCCGUUCAACGACAGUCCGACAGCAGAGAGGAGAAGCAUCUUUAGAGAGAAUGUCUAA